AAAGAAUGUUUACCCUGGCACCAACUUGGGACCCCGUAAAUGAUCCAUUAGCAGAAGUAAAAAGUGCGGGAGCUAUUGUUUCCGACUUGGAUUGUUUUGCUGGAGAAUUACAAGAAACCAUCAGUACAUUAAGUUCCAUGUGUGUAGAAGGACAACAUUUUGGUGCUGAUAAAGCUUUAGGUAUGAUAGGAAAAGUUAUGCAAGUUCUGUACAGAUUUAAACAUGAUGGAGAAAGGUUUAAAGAAGGAGGACAGAUUAUUGCAGAUAAAGCUCAUGAAGCUUCCAAAAGGACGAUAUCUGGAGAUCUUAUCAAAAGAUUAUUAGAAAAAUAUGCUUCACAAGAUUAAACUACUACUAAUGAUGAUGAUGAUGAUGAUGAUCACUG